AUGGUAGGGUGUAAGUGUAUGUAUGUGACUGACCUCCUCCUCGGCGGUGGCCGUGUUGACGGAGUCCAUGCUCUGGCAGAGCGCGAGCUCCAUGUUCUUGUGCUGCGGGGAGGCGGCCCGCGGCGAGGGCUGCUGCGGCGGCAGGGUCCCCGUGGGCUGCUCCUGCUCCGACAGCUGCUGCAGGCUCUGCAGCGACUGGUGCGCGAGGCUGAGCUGGUGCUGCUGCACGAUGCUCUGCUGCACGAUGCUCUGCUGCACCUUGAUGUGCUGGUGCACGGCCAGCUGGUGGAUGGGGUGCAGCGCGCCGGCGGGGGCGGGGUAGGGCGGCGACAGUCUCUGCCGCUUGACCUGCGCGCUCUGCAGCGCCUCGUGCAGCCUCUUCACCGGGUGGGGGCUCUGGCCGAGGUUGUCCACGGCUGUGUCGGGGCGUGCCGGCCGAGUCGCGCGACUCCGGCGAGCACUGGCUGUAGCGGCGAGUCACGGGGGCUCACGCACCGAGCCUGGCACUUCACGAUACGACUCGACCUCGACGAGCUCUCAGGGUCUGUGCUACUUUAUGGCGCUCCGGCAAUCCGUACUCAUCCGUACUAG